AUGGACGAAUACACGGCCGAUCUCUUCAUCUCCCGCGACGAUACCUCCGACACCCACACGCAGCAGAGGCAGCAGCCGCCUCCGACCGUCGUCGUAGAUGAGUGGCCGCAGGACUCCGAUGCCAGCGAGACCACCCCGUCAAAGAAGUCCGGUCUGCGUUCGCGGAUCGCCAGCAACCUGAGCAAGAAGACGAGCAUUCAAGACCGUCUAGUGGAGAAACUCCUCCAGCAAGUCAUUCCCGAGAGCUCCGAUGGCCUCACCGGCGGCGACGACAACCUGGCCCCGGGCUUCGGCCCGGACAAGACGUCCACCUUCACCCAGCGACCGAACUUCAAUAUCACGACCAUGUCCAAUAACUUCCGCCGCUUCAACGCACGCAUCGGCGUCGUAUUCAAGUUCCAAGCCCGCGUCGUCCGAAUCCUAAGCUGGCGCCGUCCGACUCAUACCCUCUCCCUCCUCGCCGUCUACACGUUCGUCUGCCUCGAUCCCUACCUGCUGGCAGUCGUCCCCCUCGCCGGCUUCCUCCUCUCCGUCUUCAUCCCCUCCUUCCUCGCCCGCCACCCGGCCCCGCCCUCCGGCACCCUCUCCUCCGAGCAAUCCGUCGGCUACUCCCCCAAAGGCCCGCCCCUCGCCCCGGCGCGCACCGUCAAGCCCGUCAAGGAGCUUAGCAAGGACUUCUUCCGCAACAUGCGCGACCUCCAGAACUCGAUGGACGACUUCUGCGUCGCCCACGACAGCGUCGUAUCCAGCGUCCUUCCCAUCACGAACUUCUCCAACGAGGCCCUCUCCUCCGCCCUCUUCCUCGCCCUGACCCUCACGACAGUCUUCAUGACCACCUUCGCCUCCGUCUUCCCCUGGCGCCUCAUCGCCCUCGUCGCAGGAUGGGGCCUCAUCCUGUCCGGCCACCCCGCCAUCGCGCCCCUCCUCACACACACCCACGACACCCACGUCGCCCCGCGCGAGGCCCACGCCCGCUCCCGCCUCGAAGCCUGGAUCGCCUCCGACAUCAUCCUCGACUCCGCCCCCGAGACCCGCGAGGUCGAGAUCUUCGAGCUCCAACGCCAGUCCCACGACGAGUGGGAGCCCUGGCUCUUCUCCCCCUCGCCCUACGACCCCCUCUCCCAGCCCCGCAUCGCCGGCGACCGGCCCCGCGGCACCCGCUUCUUCGAGGACGUCCUGCCCCCGGACGGCUGGGAGUGGUCCGAGAAGAAGUGGGCGCUGGACCUCUGGAGCAGGGAAUGGGUCGAGGAGCGCAUCAUCACCGGCGUCGAGGUCGAGACCGAGGGCGAGAGGUGGGUUUACGACAUGUACGACGAGAACUCUCCUUUCUCCGGUGGCGUUAUGGACUCGCCCACGACGGCCAAGGGGAAGGCGAGGGUCCCGGCGCCGACGCUCAGCUGGGAGGAGGGCGAGGACGGGAACGGACGGAGAGGCGAGUGGAGGAGACGGAGAUGGGUUCGGCUUGUCAAGCGGAGGGCCACGACCACCACCACUUGA